AAUAAUACAGUACUAAAUAACAAUAAAUACCCCCUUGAUAAACCCUUUUAUUUAAAAAAAUAAUAAUCUAAUUACUGUCUCUCUAUCCUUCCUUCGAUCAUCGUCUUCUCAGAUCCUCAAAUCGAGAAGGAACCAUUCAGUGAGUUUGUUAAUUGGAGAAGGAGGAGUAAGAGGUCAAAGAUGGUGAAGAUGACAUUGAUAGCUCGUGUUACUGACGGUUUGCCAUUAGCUGAGGGUCUUGAUGAUGGACGUGACUUACCAGAUUCCGACAUGUAUAAGCAACAGGUCAAGGCUUUGUUCAAGAAUCUCUCUAGAGGUCAUAACGAAGCUUCGAGAAUGUCUGUUGAAACUGGCCCUUAUAUUUUCCAUUACAUCAUAGAAGGACGUGUUUGCUACUUGACAAUGUGUGACCGCUCUUACCCGAAGAAGCUAGCGUUCCAAUACCUGGAAGAUCUCAAGAAUGAGUUUGAACGUGUUAAUGGGCCUAACAUUGAAACAGCUGCUCGACCUUAUGCCUUUAUUAAGUUUGAUACUUUCAUACAGAAAACGAAGAAACUGUACCAAGACACUCGUACGCAACGAAACAUUGCUAAGCUGAAUGAUGAGCUCUAUGAGGUUCAUCAAAUUAUGACGAGGAAUGUGCAGGAAGUUCUAGGUGUUGGUGAAAAGCUAGACCAGGUGAGCGAGAUGUCGAGCAGGCUAACAUCUGAAUCUCGUAUAUAUGCUGAUAAGGCUAAAGAUUUGAACCGUCAGGCUUUGAUCAGGAAGUGGGCACCAGUUGCCAUCGUGUUUGGGGUCGUGUUCCUUCUUUUCUGGGUCAAGAACAAACUAUGGUAAAGAAAGGAGGAACCUGAGGCUAGAACUUCUCCAGACAUAUAUCAUCAACCGGCACCAAAAAUAUAUCUUCUUUCUUUUUCUAAGUGAAACAUUGACACACAUUUUGUACUUCUCUAGUAUUCAGAUUUUAUGAGACUGGUCAUAUUAUCAUCCAUCAAUACAGUUUUUAAACC